UACCACUGAUACCAAACGACCGCACAAAUUGAAAAAUGGAAGCAAGUUAUGUUUACUCUAAAAAACGCUCUGAAUUCGGGAGGCAGUGUAACUUAAGCGACAAAAAUGCUGAAGUCCUGAUAGAAAUAUUACCGGAUGCAGAGUUGUCUCAAAAGUUUAUCGAAAUGAAUCCUGUAGACAAAGGUGUUCAGUGCUCACAAGAAAUGUCUGAACACGAAGCCAAUACCGAAAGGUACAGAUCAGAAACACAUGGAAUGAAUCACACGGAGGGUGGCUGGCCGAAAGAUGUCAAUCCGCAGGAACCUGAUCAGGUAAUUAGAUAUCGAAAGAAAGUUGAGAAAGAAGAAGUCUAUAUUGCGACAGUUCAUAAACUAGGAAACAUUAUGGAACAUUGUAUUAAACAAAAUAAUGCCCUAAACAUAUACGAGAACUACUUCGAUGACGUGUAUCUAAAUGCUUCUGAAGAUUCCCUAUCUGCAAAGACUAUAAACGUUCUAAAAGACAUAAACGAUUAUAAGCGCAGCGUUGCCUACUUAUCCUGGUUUACAGAUGGUCCAACGAAAUUAGCAGUUGCUUACUGUAACACGGAGUUUCAAUCUCAGUCCCUAUCGAAUGAUUCAUAUAUAUGGGACUUAAACAAUCCCAAUAGACCAGAGUUGAUACUUAAACCAGCUUCUCCUCUUGUUUGUAUAGAAUACAACCCUAAAGACUCUCAUACGUUAAUUGGGGGAUGUUACAAUGGACAGUUGGCUUUCUGGGACAGGCGUAGGGGCUCACUCCCAGUUGAAUUAUCUCCAGUUGAGCAUAGUCAUAGAGAUCCUGUCUGGAAAACGCUGUGGAUACAAUCGAAAACUGGUACUGAGUGUUUCUCCACUGGGACCGAUGGACAAGUUUUCUGGUGGGAUGUUAGAAAGAUGUCUGAACCUACAGAGUUUCUUUACCUUGACCCUACCAAAAAACAAGACAUUUCUUGUGCUCAGGGUGCGUAUGCACUGGAGUACGAAUCUACAAUGCCAACGAAGUUUAUGGCUGGAACCGAGCAGGUAA